ACAACACCAAAGCCCAGCGGUUUCAGUAGCGCUCACUACAGCGAUUUGUGUUUCUACAGCGGCGCUUGGCAAGCAAAAUGACAUUACGCACUCGUGUGAAGAGCCUGAUGCGCUGAGGAGAUGUCAGAGCGCACCAAAUAACACAGCUUCGCUUUUCUUAGCAUUUUUCUCCUCUUGUGGAUUACUUCAAAAAAUAAAUAACUUUUUGAGGCUGUAGAUGAUAAACUCAGAAGUCUGAUUCUGCGCUCUGAAGAGGAUUUGGAGAACGUUGAGCGUAAAAAGCGUUACUCCUCUGCUGCCCGUGAGCACUUCGCGAGAUGGAGCUGAGGAGCGCGUGUCGCGUGCUUCUUUUUCCGCUUCAGAUGCUGUAUCACAUCGUCAGUGCGACUGUGUCUGCGCUGUUGCCCAGCAGGAGAAAGGACCUGACCAAGGAGGUGGUUCUGAUCACCGGUGGAGGUCGAGGCAUCGGUCGGCACCUGGCCAAGGAGUUCGCCAAGCAGGGAGCCAAAAAGAUAAUCUUGUGGGGCAGAACUGAGAAGUGUCUGAAGGAGACGGCUGAAGAAAUAACUCUCUCCGGAACGGAGUGCCAUUACUUCCUGUGUGAUGUGGCCAAUCGGGAGGAAGUUUACAAGCAGGCAAAGGUGGUGAGAGAAAAGGUUGGAGAUGUCUCUGUAUUGGUGAACAACGCAGCUGUAGUUCAUGGCAAAAGUCUGAUGGAUAGUGAUGACGAUGCCCUUCUGAAAUCCCAGCAUAUCAACACAAUGGGGCAGUUCUGGACAACCAAAGCAUUUCUGCCUCGGAUGCUGGAGCUGCAGCACGGCCAUGUAGUCUGCAUUAACUCCAUUUUGUCCCAGUCUCCAAUCCCAGGAGCCAUAGACUACUGCACCUCCAAAGCCUCCUCCCUGGCCUUCAUGGAGAGCCUGACCCUGGGCUUGCUGGACUGUCCCGGUGUUGGCUGUACUACCGUGCUUCCUUUUCACACUAAUACAGAAAUGUUCCAGGGAAUGAGAGUCAGAUUUCCACAGCUCUUCCCACCACUCAGACCUGAAGUAGUUGCUGAGAGGACUGUUGAUGCAGUCAGAGCUGACAAGGCCUUUCUCUACUUGCCCUGGACAAUGCAUGCCCUUAUCUUUCUCAAGAGUUUCAUGCCACAAGUUGCACUUGAAGAAAUUCACAAGUUUUCUGGGAGUUAUACCUGCAUGAACACAUUCAAAGGGAGGACAUGAACCUCAACGGCACACAACAUGAGAGACACUUCAUCGAUUUUCAGAUGCAAUGAAGAGACUAUGGACUUUAACACAUCUGAAAGAGGAGGAGUCCUUCGGAUAUUCUGAAGAACACAUGAGGGUAUAAAAGGGUGUUUUUUUAAUCCUGCAGGUAGAAUUAAGAGAUAAACUGCUCGAUACACUCAACCUACGUGCAUGUGCAUACUCUCACUUUACACUGACGUCAUGCAUAGAUUUGUGCAAGUAGUUAUUCUGAGAGGGGUUUUGAAAUAUCUUUACUAUUUUUACAGUCUAUAUAUUAUUAUGAUUAUUGUCUUUUUUAUGUUUCCUAAUCAAAACAAUGUAAUAAAGGGAGUUUUAGUAUUA